AUGUCGGUGGUAUCCCUGUGCGGCGCGGGUUUCGUGUUUGGUUCACAGUGCUGUAAAUUAGGUUACGCUCUGUCUGCGCUCUCCAAUAGGAAAUGGACACGGCGUUUCGUGGUGGUGCCUCCUCACCCUGUCUCCUCGCGUGGGCUUCGUAAGUUGCAGUGGAAUUGUGCUGUUCUCCCUUGUGUGUUGUCAUUGGUUUUGCAACCGUUCAGGGAAGAAAAACUAGUGCAGCGUGCCAAACUACUUAGAGUGAAUGCAGGAACAGAUCCUUGUGCUGAUAUUGGUCCAGUUAUCAGCAAAGAGGAAGAAAUUUUUGGACCAGUGCUACUUUGCGUGCAGGCUGAUAACAUUGAUGAGGCUAUAGCAGUAAUAAAUAAAAACAGAUAUGGAAAUGGAGCUUCUAUAUUCACCACAUCCAGUAUAGCUGCUAGGAGGUUCCAGACUGAGGUUGAGGCUGGAUUGGUUGGGAUCAACGUGCCUGUUCCAUUACCAUUUUCCUCCAAUGGUUCAAAAGCAUCUCUUGCUGGAAAAGCAGGCAUACAGUUUUAUACCCAAAUCAAAACAGUGGCACACCGAUGGAAUGAUUACCCUGGAAUUGGAGUAUUCCCGACCACAUCUCCAUCUAUGAGAGAUUUUCCUAGGCAAUUAUCACAAGCCAUGCCAAUGGAAUCUGAAAGUGAUUCACCAACCUAUGAAGUACAAGUAACCAUCACUGAUGCAGAUAUACCAAACACAACCAUGUCGUCCGCAUCUACAUCAACUGAGAAGGAUCACACAUCUAAGAGGGACAUGUCACUAGCAUUAUCAUCUGCAUUGCAAAGGGAUUUACCUAGCCAAGGAGUGUCUGUUGCAACACCACAGGCAUCAGACAGGACGUAUGUUUCUGAAACAUCUCAGUGGAAUGAAAUUUCACCAGAAACAUCACAAAGGAGUGAAAUUGUUCCACCAACUUGUGAGAGGAGUCAUGUUUCUGUAUCUCAGAUGAAUGGAAACUUAUUUACCUCCAAUAGGACUGAUUCUGUUGCAGCUUUGAAACCAGAGGGGAUAUACUUGUCCACGUUUGGAAGUACUGACCCCAUGUUUCCAACUUCUGAGAAAUUAUACACGCCUUCAACAUCUCAAAGGUCUGAUAUUCCAACUACAGAGAGAAUGUAUAUCCCUGCAGCAUCUCAUAGAAACGAAAGCAAUAGUCAGCUUGAUGAUGCUUUGGCUCCCUCUUCUGAGAGCCUAUAUAUUUCUACAAACAACUCUGAAAGGAUGUAUAAUCAAAACCCUAUAAUUUCAAUGGAUGAAUUUCCCAGCCAAGCUUUGCCAUCAUCUCAGAGGAUAUAAGAUAUAAAAACAUGUUAUUUUACUCAUUUUUCUUAUAGAGUUCCUUCUGAAAUACUAAUUUCAUUUACCAA